AUGGAUAUCCAAUUCGAAUCAGCCAUCUUGGAGCGAGCUGACGAACUGCUUGAGGAAGUGAUACUCUCAUGGACUCUUAAUCUACUAAGAGAAUGUGAGACUGAAGCUAAGAAUUUGUGCCCGACGCUCAUAAAAACUCUAGAGUACGACGUCUUCUCAGGAACUAGAGCUGCUGCUUCCAAGUCUCUGGAUAUUGACUCUGUCGACAAAGACAAUGACCUUGCUGCUGUGGAGUAUGUUGAGGACAUGUACACGUUCUACAAAGAAGUUGAGAAUGAGAGCAAGCCUGUAAUGUAUAUGCCAACACAGACUGAGAUUAACGAGAAGAUGAGAUCAAUUCUUGUCGACUGGCUUGUUGAGGUUCACAUCAAGUUUGAUCUGUCCCCUGAGACUCUCUACCUAACAAUCAACCUGAUUGAUCGUUUCCUGUCUCUGAAAACUGUACCAAGAAGAGAGCUCCAGCUUCUAGGUGUUAGCGCUUUGCUCAUAGCUUCGAAAUACGAAGAGAUAUGGCCUCCUCAGGUCAACGAUUUGGUGUAUGUGACGGAUAACUCCUACAGCAACAAGCAGAUACUAGUGAUGGAGAAAACCAUUUUGGGAAGUCUUGAAUGGUACUUGACAGUUCCAACGCAGUACGUGUUCCUUGUGAGAUUCACUAAAGCUGCGAUUUCUGAUCCGGAAGUGGAGAACAUGGUUCACUACCUAGCUGAAUUGGGUUUGAUGAACUACGAGACUUUGAAGUUUCCUCCUUCUCUGCUCGCUGCUUCAGCUGUCUACGCAGCAAGGUGCUUCCUAAACAAGAGACCUGCUUGGAAUGAUACUCUGAAAUUCCACACUGGCUACGCUGCAUUUGAGAUCCUGCAAUGCGCAAAGCGUUUAGCUUUGAUUCACUCGAGAGUUGGGGAGGGAAAGCUACGAGCUGUGUUCAAGAAGUAUUCGAAGUAA